AUGAAAAGAGACUCUGGAUACCCCACCAUGGCUGAACAGCAGAAGCAGGAAGAGAAGCUCUGGGAUGCCAUGAAGGUCACUGCCUGUGUCCUCGGAGCAGGCCUGCUACUAUUCACCGCCUUGGAGAGCUCUGCUUGGUAUGUGCAGAAUAUCUGGGAUACGUUGGGUCAUUUCUGGCAAACAACCUGGCUAAAGCUCUACUACCUGCUUGAGGGAAAGGAGUCGACACUCUUCCUCCUUGGGGCUGCACUGGUGCCUUUCCUUGCUUUCUGGUGCUUCAAUGGAAUCCUUAUGGUGGCUGAUGUAACAGGAAAGCCAACUUUCAUUACUCGCUAUCGCAUUCAGCUGGGCAAGAAUGAUCCUGUGGACACAAAGAAAUUGUGCCAAGCCAUCCACACAGCACUGUGCAAUCAGUUCUUUAUCUCCUUGCCCUUGCUUCUGCCCAUGUUCUACAUCAUGAAAUGGUGGGGCAACACCUUCAGCAAGGAGUUACCCACCUUCCGCUGGUUCCUUGUGGAGUUGAGCAUCUUCACCGUAGUAGAGGAAAUUCUCUUCUAUUAUACACACAGGCUUGUUCACCUCCCGCUCCUGUACAAGCACAUCCACAAGAAGCACCACGAAUGGACUGCCCCCAUCGGCGUGGUCUCCAUUUAUGCUCACCCAGUAGAGCACAUACUGUCCAACAUGCUGCCUGCCAUGACUGGCCCGAUGCUCGUGGGCUCUCACAUUGUCUCCAUCGCAGCGUGGUUCUCCCUCGCUCUGGUAACAACGAGCAUUUCACACUGCGGAUACCACCUGCCCUUCCUGCCGUCUCCGGAGUUCCACGACUUCCACCACCUCAAGUUCAACCAGUGCUACGGAGUCCUGGGAGUGCUGGAUUACCUGCACGGAACGGAUACAGUGUUCAGACAGACCAAAGCCUAUGAGAGACACAGGGUCCUGCUCAGCCUUACACCGCUCUCCCAAAGCAUCCCCGAGGCACCCAGGAGGGCAGAGUGA